GGGUCGGACAGUCGGAGAGGGGACGGCUGCUCAGACAGAAGUUAGAGGGAACGAGUGAGGACGUCUUGACGUGUUUCAGCUGCAGCAGGAUGGAGGUCCUGACGGUUCUGAGGGUUCUGCUGCUCCUGGUUCUGGUCCUGGGUUCUGUGCAGCGCUCUGGGUGUGUGCGGUGUUUUGCACGGUUCGACGGUGUCCAGGGUCGAUGUGAUGAAGAGCUCGGUGAGGUGGAUGAAGACAACUGCUGUCAGAACACUCAGUAUGGUUACCAGGCAACAGACGGAGUGUGUCGGUCCUGUGGUCCUCCGGUGUGGUCUCCCUGGUCGCCGUGGUCACAGUGUAACGUCCAGUGUGGGGAGGGAGUGACGCAGAGGAGCAGAACAUGUUACGGUAUCGGCCAAUCAGAGUGUGAGAACCCUACGAACAAACUGGAGACAAAACCCUGUAACAACACCUGCUGCGACGGUAAGGGGUGGGGCCCGUGGCUCACCUGGUCGCCCUGCUCAGUGACCUGUGGAGGGGGCGGAGUCAGGAAGAGAGCCAGAGUCUGCUCCAGUCCUCCUGAGUGUCGUGCGACCUGCAGCGGUCCUUCAGAGGAGACAGAGAAAUGUUCAACACAAACCACCUGUCCAGUUCAUGGUGGUUGGUCCGGUUGGUCCGAUUGGAUUCAGUGUUCUGGUUCAUGUAUCAGUGGCCAAGGUGCUGAUGUCAUCAUUCCCUCCAGAGUGCGAUAUCGUUCUUGUUCGAGCCCCACCCCUUCCAACGACACAGUGCCACUCGGCAACGAUUGCCCCGGAGACGAGUUCCAAUCACAGGACUGCAGCGAACUCCCCAACUGUCCAGUGGAUGGCAGCUGGGGGGCAUGGUCUCCACCUGGGCCGUGUUCCGUCUCCUGUGGGGAGGGGCUUCGGCUAUCUAUCAGGAAGUGUGAUAAGCCUGCCCCUCAAUAUGGCGGUCGAGUCUGUGACGGGCUGAGCACUCGGAGCAGCGUCUGUCAGAGUUUCUGUCCCGUCGACGGGUUCUGGUCCGGUUGGUCCAGUUGGAGUGAGUGUUCUUCUUCCUGUAUCCCACAAGGACGAGCUCCCACGAGAUCUCGCCACCGCUCCUGUUCCAACCCCGCCCCCUCAACCAGCCCACCUGGCAAAGGUUGCCGUGGUGACAACAGCGAUACAGAGAACUGCAACCACCUGCCUCACUGCCCAGUGAACGGAGGUUGGGGGUCUUGGUCCUCCUUCUCUUCCUGUCCUGUCACCUGUGGAGUGGGGCUUCAGGUGUCCGUCAGGAGAUGCGACAGCCCAGCCCCAAAACAUGGCGGCCAGUCAUGUCCUGGAGAGGGACGUCGUACAAGCAUCUGUAAGACCAACGUCCACUGUCCAGUGGACGGGACAUGGUCAGAGUGGUCGGAAUGGAAACCAUGUAAAUUCCCGUUUGGUGGGCGAGACAUCCGCUGUAAGAAGAUCGGUGGCAGUCAGACUCGAGAGCGUGAAUGUCUUCAUCGAGCUCACAAUGGAUCCAUCUGCAGCGAGGGCUCCCUGACCGAGAGGCGGGUCUGCUAUGAUGUCAGCAGAUGUUACCCGAAGGGCACCUGGGAUGGCUGGGAGCCAUGGAGUCUGUGUAAUCCUCCCUGUGGAUCAAACUCCAGACGCAUCAGGAAGAGACGCUGUACACCUGAUUACAGCAACUACAGUCCUACCAUUGGUCGUCUGAAGGAGCCAGCAAUAUUCUUUGGAAAUCCACAUGCCGACUGUGGCUCACCACCUGAGGGUGGACAGAAGAUUGAAAUUCAGCCCUGUGUCAACGUUCCCGCCUGCACCUGAACACCUGCUCGCCUACGACUUUAACAACACCAACAUAUCCUGUUCUUCACUUAGUUUAAUAAUGACAUAUAUCUCACCAAUUAGUUUACCAACAUCAACAUAUCAGCUCAUCACUGAGUUUAACAACACAAAUAUAUCCAUCUCAUUGAUGAGUUGAACAUCACCAACGUAUCUAACUCAUCGAUGACAAACACUGUAGUUACUACCACUUAUCACUUAUUUACGUACAUUACUUGAGUAAAUGUACUCUCCACCACUGUUAAAAUGUCUAGCUUUGAACUGACAGGUGUUCCUAAUAUUUUGUCCACCCAACUGAAACCAGUGUGGACAGACAAUCAUUUAGAAACACCCAACAGAUGACUCACCGCUGAAUUAAACAACAUCACUCAUCCUUAAAGUUUUGUUAAUAAAGAAAACAGUCUGCGGCUGUUUACAGUCACGCUCUUGCUGUCAGAGUUGGAGCGUGCUCAGUUGAUUGUCACCAUAGAAACCCCAACAAACAAACAACAGCUUCAAUCUUCAGUUCCAGUUUGUUCUUCUGUCACUGAACGGUUCGUCCGUCUGAAGAUCUCAGAUAGAAAUGUGUUGUACUGCUUUGUUCUCUUAAAGCUGUGUUUUUAGUUUCAGUGUACAUUUAUCCUACGCUGGAUUUUUGUUACAUUAAUCUCAGUUUAUUAUAUUUCAUGUUUUAUAUUCUUAUAUUUUUUCAUGUACAUUUUUAAAUUUUCUUUGCAUUUUAUAAAAGUUUGUGUGUAUCUUAGUCUCCCCUUAAUCUGUGGAGGUCCAUCAGGCUCCAGAGGUGUUUGCUUGGAGCAGUUUGGGUCAGUUAAUCUCUAAAACCCUGAAAAUCAAACAGUUUCAUUACUUAUACUUUAUGUUUGUGUGCAUGACAGGUUGAUGCACACGCUCCAGGUGACAUUUUCCACCUUUAUAUUGUGUUUUGUCCUUUGUUUGGGGACAGAUCAGGAUAUCCCCUGUCAUUCUGUCUCUGACUCAAAGUUAUUAGAUCAACUUGUGGCUUCAUUGUCUGAUUUCAUCUUCAUCGAUCAAGUUGAGUCAAACUUUAUUUGUAGAGCACAUUUAAAAACCACCACAGCUGACCCAAGUGCCGUGUCAACUUCAGCCUGUUACAUGCAUUGUCUGUUUUCAAAAUACACUUCUGUUUUCACAGGAAAUGUACAGUUUGAUACAGUCUCUUUCAAAAUAAAAGCACUAAGUCAGUACAACACU